UGCAAGCGGAGUCUACGUAUGCCAUGACGAAGUUAAAACAGUUCAUAGAAAAUGAGGAUUUUUCUAAAUUUUUGGCACAGUUAUUUAAAUCUAAGGAUGUACGACCAUUUUUGACAAACGAAAAGUACAACAUUAAAGUUGAGAUCAGAGAAGUGAAAGAACCAGCAGAUCCAACUUUUGGUGUUUUGCAAUCCAUUGAUCGUCCAAAAUUAGAGACUACGUUUAGAUCGCGUUUGGAGAGAUGUCACAGUUUCCUUUUGGAGGAACUAGAGCCACGAUGUUUACUGAUGGAUCAAGCUGUUGCCGAAAUCUUUGGGUCGUGUUUUGAUAAGUUCAACCAGCCGGGCUUGAGAACGAUAGAAGCUGAAACCUUCUUAGAGUAUCUUAAGAAUCAGUCCGAGGAGAAAAUUAAAUUUGUUCUAGAAAAGCUGAAAGAGAAAAACCAAUAUAUAUACGACCAGCUGUUUCCAGAUACAUCGAAAUAUCAGGAUAUUGAAAUCGAACAAGUCAAAGGAAAUAUUUUGGACACUUUACCGGAGUUACUGGAUAUAGUGAGUAUUCCCUCAUUCCAGACACCUCUGUUGAGUGCUGGGGUAAUAACACCGGAAGCACUGGAUUUUAUACACAAGAGCAGUAAAAGUUGUAGAAUAGAAACUUUGCAGUUUGUCAAAUUGAUUUUACAUAGAGGACCAGAGGCAAUAAAACUUUUUCUCUCAGCUUUGGAAAAUUCAUGUGGCGAAAGCAUAUCUAAAAAUCUUCUACGGCCAAGGAAUGUUGAAACGAUGAGUGCUCAACGGAGAGGACACCCAAAGAUAAACUACAGAGUCUUCAACGAGGAAAGCGGAUUGCUGUUUGAAGGAAAAUUUGUACUAGAACUCGUCAGACAGGCCGGAAGAAAGGAAGAGGACAAGAAUAUAUUUAAGAAAGACAAAGAGCCAACAGUAGGUGCAAAUUUGGAAACACUACCUGAAGACGAUUUGUCCGAGACUAUAUGUUCACUACAAUUGUCCAAAGAAAGCACAAAGGAUGAUGAAACCACAACUGAAAAGCGUGCCUCUCCUUGGAGCUCCUAUUCUUUCAUGCACAUAUAUAUGUUUGUUUUCUUAGCUAUAUUCUUUUUAUUCCUUGGGGUUAUCCUUAGUUACAUGUUGAAACUCGAAAGUAAUUCAGGAUCUUUCAAAAGCAAUGUCUAA